GCCGCGCACCUAUCACUACGCGUUCCCGAACAAAUAACGUAUUAUAAUUCCAUAUUGCAAUUUUUGAAAACACCAACGUUUUUAAAAUAUAUUUCAAAUUUUUAAAUAAUUAUUUUCGACCAGUGCUUUUGGUAGGGAUGUGGUUAGGCUGAAAGGAGGUCGUGUGAAGGUACAAUGUAUCUGUCGUGGUGUGUGGUGGUGGCGGCCGCGCUCGCCUGCGCCGCCGCUGACGAGGCUUCCGACCCUGAGGGGCUGCUGGAGCCAGUACCUGUGCCAUCAAACGACGACUACUCUAUCUACGUGGGCAGAUGGACUGAAUGCAACCCCCUGGGCGCGGGGGAGCACGCCGCAAGGACUAUAGAAAGAUACAUUCGAACGGAGACUGAUUCGCUCGUGCACACCCCCCGUCUUGGUCUGCAGAGACGUCAAGUACAAUGUCGCAAGAAGGAUGGGAAGUUCGUGGAAUCCAUGUACUGCGGAAAUGCGCUUGCCCAAAUAGGCACAGCUCGCGUGUGCGUUAUCAAAGAAGACUGCGUAUUGGCUGAGUGGCUGCCAUGGAGACCAAGACCAGAUGGCGCCCUCGUGAGGACUCGGAGACUGAAACGAUUACCACAAGGAGGUGGCAAGGAAUGCGACGUGGUGGAGGAAGUAAGGCCUGCUGCACUAGAGGCCAGCGCUCAUUGGACCCCGGGGCCGUGGGGCCCUUGCCGAGUUGCUAUCGAAAUAGGACAUGCUACUACUUUACCUGAUGCCCCAGACAAUGAUGAUGAUGCUGAUGACAAUGACGCGAUAUACGAUGACGACGAUGACGAAGAUGACGACGCUGAGGACGAAGGCAAGGCGGCGCGGGACGCGGGCUGCGGGGGAGGGGUACAGCGGCGUGACGCGACCUGCGUGCGCGCUGACGGGAGAGCCCUACACCCUGCCCAAUGUGCUCAUGCGCCCAUGCCGACAUUAGUGCAGCCCUGCGAGGUCCCAUGUCCACGUGACUGUGAAGUUGGAGAAUGGGGAGAGUGGGGUGCUUGUCAACCGACCGACGGAUGCCCAUUGUAUCCCGUACAACAGCUUACUACUACUGGUUACAGCGUUCGUCGUCGUCGAGUGAUAUCAGCAGCGUCAGGUGGUGGAGCGCCUUGCCCACCUCUAGAAGAGAAGAGAACCUGCAGCACUCCUCGCUGUGCGUCCUGGAAGGCGCUGCCGUGGGGACCCUGCGUGUUGUCCCAGCCUCACACGUCUUGUGGCCCGGGGAAGAGGAGCCGAGAGCUUAGAUGUGUUGGACAUGAUGGGAAGGAAGCUCAGCGUGCAUGGUGCAGCGGCACGGGCGCGCCUCCUCGCAGCGAGAGGUGCCGCAUCGCGUGCGCCGGCGACUGUGUGGUGUCCUCCUGGGCGGCAUGGUCUAAGUGCUCGGCGCCGUGCGCGGCCGCCGCACACCCACGACCGUUCCGGACGAGGCGGCGGCACAUACUGGCUCAUGCUUCUCCCAAUGGCUGGCCAUGUCCUCCAGAAGAUCAGCUAAUACAGAACGAGACUUGCAAUACUCAUGCGUGUGCAACAUACUCAUGGCUCGCUACACCCUGGGGUCCAUGCGAACGUAGGCGACAAGACUUCACACCGGUCAAUAACUACACCGAACUAUUGGAUGGAGAAAUGUACAAUGAAAGCGAUGAUGAAGAGCCAUGCAUAGAGGAAGGCGAGAUGGUGCGAGACGUGAUGUGCGUUCAGAAUAACGCGGAUGUUGUCCGAGAGGCUCUGUGCGCUCCCCUACGGCGUCCAGCAUCCCGCCGAGCUUGUACAGUGAGAUGUCGACGUGGGUGCAAAGUCGAAGCUUGGAUGCCGUGGUCACCUUGUCCGAAUACUUGCGAGCCAGGCAAGCAGGUCCGCGUGCGCGUGGUUGUAGGCGGGCCGAGCUGUGGUUCACGCAUGGAGACACGCGCGUGCCCGGUGUCGCGCACGUGCCGCGCGCGCGACGCCGCCUGGGUGCCCGGCGACUGGAGCACGUGCCGCCUGCCGCCCGCGCAGCGCUGCGGGGAGGGAUACCGCAUACGGAGUAUCUGGUGUGGCUCUGAAUCGCAUCGCGUAGAAGCCGGCGCGUGCGCUGGUUUGCUGAUCCCUCGCAGUGUCGCAGCGUGUCGCGUCACAUGCGAACACACCGCCCCCGUGACUUGUGGUCUUAUAUGUGCCGAUCCUCUCAAGUAUUUAGACGCUUCUGAUCCGGACAUCCCGAACUGCGUUUGCAAAAAUGUUUCCUUGGAACUGUUGCCAUCUGACUCCGACUGCAUCCUUCCUCCUGGAAUGGAGUGCGGUGAAGGCAGGUCGCUAAGAGCAGCCAGGUGCAUGGUGGGAGGACGAGAUGUGCCCAUGGAUGUCUGCAAGAAAUAUCAUCCACUUACCGGUCCAAGUCGUGUCCGCGAGGCAUCAACAGACGGCUACUCGUACGACGUCGAGUUCCCGUCGCUCUUGCGCGGCGCGUGCAGCGUGCGCUGCGCCCGCGACUGUGCUGUGGGAGAGUGGGGCGAGUGGGGACCGUGCGCGUCUGAACCUGGGUCUAGGGCGGCCUUCCGGUUCCGUACCAGGGAGGUGAUAGAGGAGGGUUCUGCGGGAGGACGCGAGUGCGGCGCCACGCUGCAGCGCGCGACGUGCGCCGUGCUGGAGCCGCGCUGGGCGCUCGGCGAGUGGAGCGUGUGCGCGCCACCGCGCUCGCUCUGCGGCCGCGCCAUCAUCAACAGGACGGUCACUUGUGUGGAUGGGUCAGGCGCGACCCUGCCCGAGGCGGCGUGCGAGGCAGCGGGUGCCGGCCCGGCUGCAUCACGUGACGCCACCUGCCGUGCGCCCUGCCCCCGGGACUGCGUUGUCAGCUCCUGGUCCGAGUGGAGCCCCUGCGAACAGACAAAAUGGGGUGGACGUCGGGAUAGGACUCGAGUGGUGCUCCGGCCCGCUGAUGACGGUGGCUCUCCCUGCCCUCAUCUUGUUGGGGCAGAGCCCUGCGCUCCACAUGCCUACUCCUGGCACGUUGCACCCUGGGAUGAUUGCCAGCCUCUAGGUGGUUCUCCGUGUGGUGAAGGCACCAAGAAGAGGGCUGUUAGAUGUCUGCGAAGUGAUGGAGUUUUCGUCAACGAUUCAUACUGUCCUAACACAACGGCAACUGAAGCUAAAGAGUCGUGGUGCUAUGUGCCGUGCGGUGUGGACUGUGAGCUGAGCGAGUGGGGCGCCUGGGACAGCAGCGCGUGCUCUUGUGGCGACGCGCACUCCGCUAGACAUAUGCGGCGCACCAGGCAGCACCUGACAGCGGCGGUAUGGCCGGGCCGUGCCUGCCCGCCCACCGAGCAGCGGGCGCCGUGUCCCCGCGAUCCUUGCCUCAGACUUGUCGCUAGACCUUCCCUAGGGUGCCACAUACAGGUAAAUAAUGAGCAGACAUCAGCGGGCGCGGAGGCGGAGCGCGCGUGCGGGUGGGGUGUGAAGGUGUCACACGCGCGCUGCGAGCUGGCCGGCGCCGGGGAUGACUCCACCGAGGCGUUCCUGCAGCCCUGGCGCUGCGCCGCUGUGCUGCCCGGCAGGAUCGUCGCACCGCCUAUGCAUUACCAGGAGGACGAAGUAUGCGAGGUGGAGUGCGGUUGCAAGCAGUCGGAAUCGGGUCAGCCUGGCCCGUGGGGAGCGUGGGGCGCCUGCCGCGGCGGGGCGCGAUCGCGCACGCGACAGCUGCUCGUGCCCGCCAGGAGGGCCUGCAGCAUCCCAUCCAGAUACGUGACUAUUGAAUGGGCGAACUGCACCGGCGAGAUGGACGAGAUCCCCGACCUGCUUGCGGUGGAGCCGCGCGACGACAAGCCGCGCCUCGCCUCCAACCAGGACGUCUACCACGACGGAUACAUAGAGGGCAGCACCUCGGUUCUGGCUGUGGUGUGGACGGCAACCAUCGUGCUCAGCUUCUACGGAGCAUACAUGCUGUACCGCGGAUUUAUCAGAUGCCUGAGGAGUAGAAAAAUGAAGUCGAUCACCAAAGUGUAAAUGAGAUGCAGGUAUACAUGUGACUCGCUCGCACGCGCGGCCCGCGUGUCGCCACACUACACACGUGUGUGUUAUGUUACUGUUACAGAUCUUCUUAUUAUUGCAAUCUUACAAUAAUUUGCAAGUCUACUAACCUUGAGUUCACUCUAACUUGGUUCAACUUUCAACAUUAUAAACUAAGUUCGCUGGUUUGAUUCGCGUCAGUUAAUUUGCGAGUUCUAAACGUGUAGCCGUUGUAAUAGUCUACUGUGUCCACAUUACUGUCAGUUGGUACACCUAGUCAUAUAUCAGAUGAUAGCCAGCAAAGAGUCUGUCCGCAGGAGUGCUUCCAUGUUUUUACUACGUAUAUAAAAGUAAUGCUUUAGACGGUGUUUUUAUAAAUCAACGCUAAACGGUUAGCUGCAGCGUUGGUCGGGCUUUUUGAUUGACAAUAUACUCGUUAGUUGUAAUACUAGCUAGCUACGCCCGUAGCUGUCUCGGUAGACAAGUAUGACGCCUUCUAUUCGAGUUCAUAAGGAUUAGCCCCUUCUAGGUUUCCAGAUCAUUCGACCGUCGAGAACUUAAUAAUUUAAUUCUCAUGGCGUAUGAGAAUUACAUAGUCGUCCGAUAUCUUAGCGAUAGGAUCUUAUAGCCAUUAAUAUUGUCAUUACUUGGCUACGUAAUAACUAAUUAACAUUUUUUUUUCUAAAAGUAAGAAUCUGCUUCAUGAUGUUUGCGGUUUUAAUUACCGAUUAACUUCUUUCGAAUGUAUAUUCAAACAUGUUUAUAUUAUCAACGCAAACUGCAAAUAUAUUUUCAUGACUCUUUCUUGUGACUCUACCUGUGGACUCUACUAUUUUUGUAAAACAGUCUUUUUACAGUAAUAUUUUUUCGCACAAAUAAUGACAUAAACAUAAGUUCUUCGCUUAGUUUAUUUACUGUAAUUAAUAUAAUACGAUAAGCAUUUUAUGAUACCGUAAUGUAAGUCGACGGAUGACUGCAAGUACUGACCGGUGAGGACUUGCGUAGAGCUGCGCUCGCGCUCCAGCGACCAAGUAACACGUGACACAUCAAGCCACAUAUCAGCAUAAUUUUAAACAAUCGUGGUAAUUACUAUGAAAUUUCUUCUGUGCCCAAACAAAAAUAACUCCAAACAGGAUAAGAAUAAUCCACGUAUUAAUAGAAAAACAAAGUCACGUGCAGAAGACAUUUCAUAUAUCGCUUUAUAUCAUCCAAGUAGAGCUUUGGCGCACAAAACUACCUAUAUGAAUAGUGUAUAAGACCUAUUAUUAACUGAUCAUACCGUUUUGAGAUAAUAAUCGUGUAUAACACUUUUUUGUAGAUUUUGCAUUUAAGCCCAUGUAUUGUGACAAGUAUUUAUAAUGUGAGUGUGUUGUAAUCUUAUAGGUUUUCAUUUCCAUUUUCAUACUUCUUUCGUACUCGUCUGUCCAGUUUCAUACAUCUUCCAUCGUUACUACUUCAUCGAAUUCGUUUAGCUCCUACUUGUUAUAAUUUGUCUGUUUGUACAUUUGUAUAGUAUUGUUAAGUUUAUGUAAUCGAGUAUAUUAUCCUUGGCUACGUCUUGUUCCUUCAUGACAAUAUUGAGAAUGUUAUAUAUAUCGUAUUCUAAACUAUCGACUAUCAUCUUCACUGUACUUUCCAUUGCUGUCCUUACUUGUACUAUCCUUUAUCUGUCAAUACUUUAUCAACCCAAUGUAUUUGUAACCGUAUAUUUAUUACGCCAUUACGAGAUAUUGAUGUGAAACAUGAUAGUUAAGGAAUCGUGUUAGACAAUACAAUAUUUGAUAUUUAAUAAAAUUUGAUUGUGUUUUUAUAGAUUUGAUCUUUAUUCAAAUUAUCCCUCUAUGCUAUACCUAUAGUAAUCCAUCCAGUUGGUGACAAUCACCUUCCAGGUGGUAGGGUGAGGUUUACCAGAUAAUAAACUACCUAAAAUAUAUUUAAUUUACAUACCAAAUCAACAUCACAAUAUUUUACAGUAAAAUAUAAUC